AUGUACUAUAUCCUCUACUUGACGAGCCUCUGCCGCCGCCGCCACUGGCCCGAACCAACCUACAACUCCUACACAAACACAAGCGGAUACACAUGCGUAGUACGCGUCAACAACCGCGAAUACCAAACAGACACCGUGUACGCAUCCGAAACACUAGCGCGCGAAAGCGCCGCUAUGCGCGCGUACCUGAUUUGCCGCAAUUUCUCUGUGAAUGACGUCUCUGGUGACAAUCAGAAGACGGAAGAGCUUUUGGAGAAAUUUGAGGUGCAAGAAGGGAAUCAGGAGGCCCGGCCUCAGCAUUAUAUUACCAGUGAGGAUGGCAAGGGUAAAAUGUUGACGACGCCAUCGCGGCUCUUCAAGUUGAUCAUUCCGUUAACAAUCGUUGGCAAUCCCGGCCAUGAAAAAGAGAUCGAACCGAUAGCUAUUCUCGUCCACCCACAACAACCUCUAUCCUACCUAGAACGCCUGAUCCAGUCCGAACUCCCCCCAAUCAAAGGACAAACAGACAAACUCCGACCACCAGCAGUAUCCUUCAUCGCACUUCAGCACGAAGACAACGCGAUUAAACCUAAAAAGAGAAUUGAAGAUGAUAUUGACGUUGAUGCACACCACCCCGACAGCAUCAAUAUCAAAGAUUUCGUCCCAGGAAACGACGGUGUCGGCGGCAGUAAGCCACUCGGCAGCAAGCCAGUCUUCCAUCGUCGUCGUACUCAGGAUGAAGAUGCAGAAACUUACAGCUACCCGCGAAAUACGGAUUCGGAAGGCUCAGAGGACGGCGAACUAGACCGGUUCGUCCGCUGGUCUCAGGCCACCGAAGUAGGCGAUUUCAUCCGCGACGCAGCUAGAGCGGGCGAGUUCAUCGUUACUAUUGAAGGUGCACCAGCGGGUCUUGGCCAGAUCCGGGUUGCAGUACCAUCAUUCAAUGAACGCACGUACUACCUGCGCAUGCGGCUGCGUAAGCUCUCGCGGCGGAUACAAACGUUGGCGGAAAUUAAAGAGACAUGCGAUGCUUUGGCGCAUCGGGGGGCUCAGCGCGUUGCAAUUGGUGGAUUUGGAAUUCUUUCCGUCUGGUGGUUCACGGUGUACAAGUUGACGUUUGAAACUGAUUUGGGAUGGGAUACCAUGGAGCCGGUGACCUACUUGGUCAGUUUGUCUACCUUGAUGGGAGGUUAUCUGUGGUUCUUGUAUCACAACCGUGAGAUUUCUUACAAGUCAGCACUAGAUUUUACGAUCAGUGCCAGACAGAAGAAGCUGUAUCAACUGCACAAGGUGGACUUGCAGUUGUGGGAGUCUUUGAUUGACGAGGGUAACUCACUUCGUCGGGAGAUCAAGAAUAUCGCUGCUGAGUAUGAUGCCGAAUGGAAUGAGCGUGCCGAUGAACAAGAUCGGCGCGUGACAGAAGUUCUCAAGUCUGAGCGCAGACAGAAGAACAACAAACAGCACGAGUCUGAUGACAAGCGUGACAAGGACGACGACUGA